AUGGAAGAUCAAUUGAUAUCAUUGGAUGAAAAUAUGAAAGUUACAAUUGUGAACCGAAAAAAAUCUUAUGAGAUUUCUAAACAAAAGUUAUCAUCGAUUCCUUACUUUGUGAAACUAUUUUCCGAUUCUAAUUGUGACACAACCAAAAUUGAACUUGAUCUUGAUGAAAGUUCAUUUGAUAAUAUUAUCGAGUUUAUUCUGGAUGGCCAACUAUCGAUUUCCAUUGAAAGUGCCUCAUCUAUGGUAGAAACUUGUGACUAUCUCGGAAUGGACGAAAUUAAGCGAAAAUAUUAUGAUUGCUUUGAAUCGAAUUUCAGAAUCAAACAUUUGGAAGAGUUUUUAGACUUUUAUGAAAAUCAUAAAUGUCUUGGAAAGAUUAAUGAAGUUAAAUUGAAAUCUUUCAUUGGGAAAUAUUUCGUUCCAAUUUCCAAUACGAGAGCUUUUCAGAAAUUUCCAGUUACUCUAUUGGAACGCUUGUUGAAAAUGCAUUUGGGUGUUUCGUCGGAACUGCAAAUAUUUGCAGCUAUUGUUCGUUGGUGCAAAUUUGAUAAAAAGGCUCGAAAAAAAUAUCUACCUCAACUCAUGAAAUUUGUAAAUUUUCGUCGAAUGAAAGAUGCUGAGAUUACAACUUGCGUGUCAAUGUUUAAAAAUGUUGAAUCUUCUAAUCUUCGAUACGGAAAGAGGCCUCGUGCUUAUCUACCAGAAUUCUGCCAAUCUGAUUGUAUAAUUAAUCGACAAUAUAAUAAGUCAUUGAUCUCAAUCUAUGAACUUGAUGAAGAUAAAAUUAAUAUUCGACGUUUAUCAAGCUCAAAUCUCUGGACUAAAUAUGGUCAAUUCACUCGAGAUGAGACAAUGUCCACUUCUCUGAUUGAGGCUGAGCAUAUCGUCGAUAUAAUUUAUGAUUCUGGAAGAAAAGGUAUUCGAGUUGAUUUGAUUUCAAAAAAAUUCAAAUAUCUUGAAAUGUUUGGUGGUGACAAUUCUUAUUAUGGCCAAGUUUACAAAUAUUUCGUCAGUGAUAUUCGUGUGGUUUACACUUAUAAAAAGAUCAAAAAAUCGGAAUCAUAUCGCAAGUAUGACAGUAAUGCUUUCAAUAUAAAACGUUUGGAAGCCAUUUCUCUGGAUGAUCACUUGGUGGGAAUUUGCUAUGGAAAUUCAAACCCCGAUGAUUCGUACGGGUCUAGUGAGAGUCAUGGAUCUGAUGAAUCCGAUGAUGGUGGCGGAUUGAAUGAAUCUCAUGAUCAGUAUUUUUAUUGUUCUUCUGUUGAUUAUCGAAAAUUGUCCUCGUGUGAUCUAAAAGGACCAGUUCAAACUCGUUCACUUUUACUUUCAAGACUUGCUACGAAUCCAUAUUCUGAAAAGGUCUUGUUCUUUUUGACGAAACGAAAAUUCUGUAUAAAGGAGCACAAAGUUUCGGAUGGCGCAGAUGUACUUGACUUCUCGUUUCUGAAAGAUUUCAUCGGAAGCGAUUCUCUUGAUCACAUUGAGCUGAUUUCUCAUGACAAUAAUAUGCUAAUUGUCAACAAGGAAACGAAAAUGAUUUAUUCUUAUAUCGAUGAUGUUGAUAUUGAUUACGAUGACGCUGAUUAUUGGCAAUUUAUGUCCAAAAUUGAAUCUCCCGAAAAGAUGAUCGCAAUUGCAUCCGUCUUUUUGCCCUUUGAUUGUGAACAAUAACUUAUUGUCUCUCAAUGCAAAACAUUGAUGUUUAAUCACUUGAAACAAUUAAUUUUGAUUGACUUUUCUGAAUGUAAGCGAUAAUCUCACCUCAAGAUUUCAAUUGUCAUUUGAAUAUUUUCAAUUAAAUAAAAUGAACGAAUUCAUUACUAUUAAUAAUU